GGAUGAGGAAAGGCGGCGUACAACACGACAUCAUGAAAUACUCAUAUUGCUCUGAUGAUGGACCACGUCUGCUUCUGGAUUAAACGACGCUAUCGAAUGCUAAGCCUCGGCAGCACAAGCGUGCUGAAGGACGCAUUUUUUGCUUUUAUCAACCGACCCUGGUAUGUACGCUAAUUAAUAAUGUCUAAUACUAGACCAAUGCACAUGUACAUUGUGUCCCCUAUGAAAUCACGCGGUAAUCAGCCUGUUAAAAAGCACGCAAUGCUUGCAAAUACAACGCUUACAAAUACAAUGCUUAUAAAAACGCUAUGGCAGACUUUAUUGCAUCUAUAAGUACGGUAGCUUGCUAUUUAUUGGCUUGCAUUUAAGCAGGUGCUUUGUUCACUAUAACUCCCUUUUCUGUCAUUCAGCUCACCUUAUCUACAUCACCAUCCGCAGUUUUCGACCAUGUCAACCCUUCCGUCUACCCAGAAAGCCGUCGCUCUACCGGCCAAGCGCUCUCCCCUCGUCGAGAUCUCGACCCCAGUGCAUCCCCCUGCCGCUGGCGAGGUAGUGGUACAUGUUCAAUGGACCGCGUCUUCACCCCUGGAUCUCCAUCGCUCUGAUGGUGGCCUUCUCAUCACCUCGUAUCCAGCCCUGCAAGGAAGCGGUGGCGCUGUGGGAACCGUAGUCGCUACUGGCUCCGGAGGCGACCUUAAGGGCCUCCAGGUCGGAGACCACGUCUCGACUUUUGCAUUCCAUGGCGGCAAGGAGGCGAAUCAACAGCAGUACAUCACCAUCCCCGCAUACCUGGCCUCCAAAGUCCCCGAAGGAAUACCGCUGCAGGCUGCUGUCACGGUGCCAGUGAACUUGGUCACCGUAUUUCACUCAGUCACAGCCGACCUCGAGCUCGAACUGCCAUGGCCUAUCCCAAAGGACUGGAAACCCAAGGCGGCGAACAGGCCUAUCCUCGUCUGGGGCGCCAGUAGCAGUGUAGGCAUAUUUGCCAUCCAGGUUCUCCGGCACUGGGGGUACACCAAUGUCCUCACCGUCUCGAGCAAUCAGCACCACGAAUAUCUCAAGAAUCUCGGCGCGACUGUCUGCUUCGAUUACAGAAAACCUGAUGUCGUGAACAACAUCCUGGACUAUUUGAAGGACGCGGAGGAGCCCAAGGUACCAUAUAUCUUGGAUUGUAUAGGAUCGCUCAACGGCACACUGGAACCCUUGGCCAAGAUAGCUCAGAGAGGCUCCCGGGUCGCCGUCAUGCUUCCUGUCAUAGUCAAGGAUGCAAGCGAGGAAGAGGAGCCAGUGUACGAGAUGGACGUCUCAAAAUGUCUGCCAGGCAAGUGGGCCAACGGUGCCAUUGUCCGCGGCGUGCGUACACAUUUCUACCUUCAGAACGACUUCUUCAAGGAGAAGCUGCAGCCGGAGAUUUUACCUUCACUGUUAGCCCAAGGGAUCAUCAAGCCCAAUAACCAGCGGGUAGUUGAAGGAGCGACGCUGGUCGAGAGAGCGCAGAACGCCCUAACUCUACUGAGGAGUAAGGCCGUUAGUGGGGAGAAGCUGGUAUAUAAGGUAUCGGAGGCGUGAGAUGGGCUGUCAAGGAUGAGUGGCGUCUGAGAUGGCUUCAAUGUGUGAUAUAUUCUUACCGAUCACGCCACAGCAAUAUAUGUAUAGCCACUCUUUGUUCAUUACAACCUCCUCUUUCACAACUAAAGCUAUCUUUCACAGUCCAACUUUUCACCACUGUUUCCAUCGUAUUGUACACGGAGUGCCAAGUUCUGGCAUAUCACAUUGCUUCGUCUAACGUAACUGUUCGCCAAGACUCUUCUUCAUAGACUACCUGUAUAAAUAUCCCAGCCUCUUGUACAAUACACAGUGCUGCAUAUUCAGCCGAGUCCAGCGUGCUUUAUUACUAUAUAAAUCUAUCACCUCUGAAACUUAAUCUAGAGUUGAUUAAUAAAUAUUGUGUAGAUGUGUGUUUGGAGACACAUCUCUUUCUCACUGAC